AUGAAACGAUUACAGUUGUUGAGUAGAUCAAAAUACUUUUCGCUGGUUUCCAGUGCGACCAAGGAAGAAGAAGAAGAAGAGCAGGAAGGCAGGCCUGAUGCCAAGAGCCGUCUGCUCAAUAGAAACAAUGCUAGCGGCUCAAAGUCGCUGCUGCUGGACGACAAAUCGUCUCUCAUGUGCUUACCAACAAAGGUUUUGCUGUUGAUAUUGCGAACCUUGGAUUUCAACACUUUAGUAGCGCUCUGUCAGGUCAAUUCGAGGUUCUAUAAUCUAAUUACUAAUGAAUUUCUUUUCCAAAACGUCGUCUUGAAUUCGAAGCUUUCCUUAUUGAAGUUCAACGCUCUAAUACAUUCUGAAUUUCACACCUCGAACAUUAUCUCGCACGGUGGCGAUCACAGCACACAAUCUAAAUCGCAAAAUGUAAGAUUCCUUGUAAGAUCCAUCGAAUUCAAAAAUCCGCAAUCUCAAGACUCGUUACUAAAAUACAGCAAGUUCUAUAAUAAAAGCAGUCAAGAUUCUGUUAUUGCCGGGUCGUAUAAGCUCGAUUCAUAUAAUAAAGACAUAACAAAGAUACAGAAUAUCAGAUUGAACGAUGAUACUUCCGUCAUAACCUCGGAACGAAUCAAACUGCUGGAUAAAUUUGAAAGUAACUAUUUCCAUUACACUUACAUUGAACUAAUGCUUGAUAUUAUAGACUAUUUGCCGAAUCUGACUAAGGUGAUUUUGAGCGAAGUGGAACCGAAUUUCAAAAUUCCCUUGUGGUAUUCUGUAUUCAACGAUGGUUCUAGGGAUUUUUUUAAGAAAAUAAUCAAGGGCCAGCAAUCUAUUACGAAUGAAGAUUUGAGAACUUUCCAACUAUCUAAGAAAUUUGUCAAGGAGUACGAAUUGAAGUACUACUCAUUGCCAAGGUUAAAGACCCUAGAAAUUAAAGCCAGUGAUAAGAGGCAAAGAACCCCCAAUCGUCAACGCCAUCACCAAAAACUUGUGUUAAGGCCGAGUAUAUUCUGUUGUUUUGGUAUAAUUAAUGAACUUAAAUUGGAAAAUAUAAUGAUUGAUACAGAAUCACUAGAUACUCCAAUGGAAUUUCUACCCUUGUUUUUGAAGAAUGAAAAUACCGAACUUUAUAGCUUACAAUCUCCUAUCACGACAUUGACUCUAAAUUCGUGUGAUAUAGUCCCUGGAAAUGGAAUAUUACGGUUGUUUCACUCCUAUUUUAGAAUGGUCAAACAUUUGUCGUUGCUGAAGAUUAAUAGCAAAUUUGACUUACUAUUAUGCAGCUGUUUUCAAUCGUUGUCCAAUUUAACAAUCGACUGUAAUAGCAAAUGUUUCACUAAUGAACAGGUGGUCAACGAAUCAUAUUACUUCCAACAACGAAAUUUUGACAUAGAUGAUGAUUUUGAUGAUUGCAAUUCUAUGACAGAAACAUUAUUCGAAGCGUCAUCCGAUUCGAAAAUAAUAACUCCCCCACCAACGUCUUCAGUUGUACUGUCUUUGAAUCUGAACUACGUCUCUAGAACUACUGGGAAUGAUGCCUCAAACAACCCAUCACCAAAUAAUAAUAAAAAGCCCGCCAUUCUAACCGCGACACAGUUGCAGACCUUUCAAAGGCAAAGGAUACCCGAAUUUCAUUCGUUUUAUCAUUACUAUAGGUUACUUUGGGAAAGGCUACCAAACAAGAAUAUUUCUAUCAACGUUAUCAAUAUCCCCUUUACCAAUGUGUAUCCGUUAUCUCCAUUAUCCUUUUGGGAGCAUCUAGCAAGGACAAUGAGUAGUGUUGAUGAGUCAGACGACGUUAACGAUGAUGGCGAUGAUCAAGCAACACUGAUUGGCUACGAGACAAAUAUCGCAAGAGAGAAUGUACCGAUAAGAAAUGCGGCUCCUAACCUGAGAACGGUGGUGGACCCUGAAUCGGACGUUUAUCACACUUACUACUGGAACAAUUCUGUAAGGCGUUGCCUGAGAGAUAGUUUGAUCAAGUUGAAAGACAGGACAAUAGAGUAUAGAGACUUAGACGUGGAAGAAUUUCUACAAGAUGUGACACUGCAAAAUUCUUUUAACGAUUUUCAAGAUCCGGAAAAUUUUAAAGAUAUUCCAAACAUUAAUCUUUGGUGCUUCUUGAGAAACUUAUCAAAAUUCAAAGCCGUUAAGAUAAGAAUGUUGAGACAUUUUUCAUCAUGUACUCCUAGAACAAGAUACGAUUGGGAGUUAUUAUUGAAGCCAGUUCUGCGUGUGAAUGUCCCCGUUGAAGUUCGGGAUAAGGAUGGGUUUGUUCUGUAUUCAUACGGACAAAAAUAA